UAUCUUCAGAAAAAACACAUAUCAAAUAAACUACUAACGGAAGGCACAUCACAUAUUUUCAAAGUUCGUCGGACGGAAAGUAAGACAUGGGAUGUGGAUAUUCAUGCCAAUGUGAGGCAUUGGCUUAACAUGUUUGGUUUUGGAGGCGUGAUCGAAUGUGGGAAGUCGAUGAAGGUCGACAACGAGCUUAUAACUGCUUUGAUUGAGCGUUGGAGGCCGGAGACACAUACUUUCCAUCUACCGGUUGGAGAGGCGACAGUCACCCUAGAAGAUGUGCAAGUCCUGUGGGGCUUGAGAGCGGACGGUCGUGUUUUCACAGGCCGUGACCAUCAUACCAGAUAUACUGAUUGGCCCAGCAAGUGCCGAGAUUUGUUGGGAUGGAUACCCGAUGCAGCAUCAGAGACAAAGCAAGGCGGUAUGCUGAUGACCGCUCUGAUCAACCAAACAAGGAUACCUUUGGGUGAUGACCUACCUCCUUAUGUCUACAUCCAAAGGGCACGUAUCCAUGCCUUAAUCUUGUUAGGAGGACUGAUUCUACCAGACACUACUGGGUGUAAGGUUCCUUUCAUGUGGCUAAAUGCAUUUGAGGAUCAAGACGAUGUGAUAAAUAUUAGUUGGGGAAGUGCAGCUUUAUCGUACUUGUAUCAUUAUCUGUGCGAGGCUUCCAUGGACAAGAGGAAAGAGUUGGGCGGGCCUAUGAUUCUUUUGCAGCUUUGGGCGUGGGAAAGAAUGCCUACAUUGAGGCCGUCAUUCGUAGUAGCGCCUGUGCACGAGCCGUAUACGCCAUGUGGCGCCAGGUGGAAAGGAACUACUCAGAUAGGAAAUGCUCCUAGAUAUUCGGUGGAGCAUUACCGUGAUCAAAUAUCCUUGAUUAAACCUGGCCAGUUUGUAUGGACACCAUAUGUGGAUCGCAUAUUGCCAGACUACUGCAAUGAUGUGAAUGAGUGCUAUAUGUGCGACACUUAUUUGGUAUGUUGGUCGUAUGUCGAGGCGCAUGAGGCUGGACGAGUGCGCAGACAAUUUAAUCGAUACCAGGGGAUUCCUCAAUCCAUAGAUAGGAUGCUCAAAAACGCCGAUCAUUUGGGUAAAAAUGAUCGGCGUGGUAAGAAGGGUACUGAUUGGGAAAAGAUGCAUCAGUUCUUCAUUGGGGAGUGGGACAUGAGGUAUGAAAGGUUUCAGGCAACCGUAGAUGCCACGUGGUAUAACAGGAUUACAGUGACGUACCUAACUCAACCUGGGGGGUACGGACAACUGCUGGGAUGAACGAGUCGGCUUCGUCGAUGAGAUUAUUUGAGAUUUGGCAUAUGACUACUGAACAAGAAAUAGACCCAAGAAUACGACGAUUUCGUGAAAUCGCUAGGCAUGUCCUUCAGUCAACGAACCACGCCGAUGUCAUGGAGUACCCAACUUCCCAACACCGCGAUGUGGUCGUGCCUUUUGAACCACAAGACAUUCCACCACGUCGAAGUCAUAGGUGGGGGGUGCUCGAACUGGUGGGCACGGUAACACAAAACAGAUAAGGAUGUCGCAGCAGCAUCCCGAUUAUGUGCAACCAGAGCCUAUGAAUCCAGAGUAUGACCCACCUCAAUGGUCUUUCUAUCCAAGCCAGGAGUCGCAAUCACAGUGGGGGCGUCCCCUCUAUUCCCCAAGCCAACCUGAGCCUGAUUGGAGUCGUCGCCCAUACUCACAAAGCCAAAAUGAGCCGCAAUGGAGUAGAGAAGGAGAAGAAGAAAAUGAAUUUGAAGAAGAAAAUGAUGACCGAGAAGAGGAAAAUGAGGAAGAAGAGGUUCAGAACAUCCACGUACAACCUCGACCAGUUGCGGAGGGUUCAUCACGUACCGGGGUUGGGAAGUAUGUGAGCAAAGUGAUGAAGAGAUUUUCAUCCAGGAAGAAUAAGGGGAUUGAACCGUCGAAAUACACACCAUCGUCGUAUAAGUAGCUCUUUAUGGAAGGAUGUAAUGUUAAGUAUAUUUUGUGUACUUCUGUCUUUUUUUUUUUAAACUUUGUAUUGGUUUUUUCUUGAACUUGUUUUUCAUUAUAUAUUGUUGUUUUGUUACGUGAUUAAUGACAAACUCAUAUUUUAGUGUCA